UCGAUCGGAAGGUUGACGCCACAGGGCCCAGCUCAUUGACGUAUGAGUACUGAUUUCUCUGCUACUUGUGCAAGGGAUUCGGUUGUGGGCAUGUAAUGUCAGAGUGACAUCAUGUAACAUGCUCCCAUGUACUGCACCGGUUGACGACAUGCAAGCUCAUGCUAUCCUAUAUAGCCUGCGCAAUUGCGUUCGAAGGACAGGAGCAGAAUCAAAUUCCACGAACAUAAUCAAAGCGAUCAAACCAUCCGCAUCACAUCAACAACUCACCCAAACAACCAUCCUUUCACAAAACACUCAAAUCUCUUCAUCAUGGAUCUCCAAGGACAGCCCAUCCCCCCCGGCCAGCGCAGCACCAAGGUAAGUUCCUGUUCCACGGGAUUCAGCCCGUGGGCGAGUGCUUCCCCCCGGGGACCCCUGGGGAACGAUGUCCUAACG